AGCGAUCGAUUGGCGGUUUUGGCUUCCUGGGACUCAGAGGAGAACGCAGACACAGCCGACAGAGCACCACACCGCACAACGAACACACAGACGACGAUGACAACACGCCACACAUGGAUGGCAUGACACAGCUAGCAGCCCAACGUAAGUACACAUAG